AAACCCCUAACUAUUUAUCUCCAUACCGGAAACCAAACAACCACCACCAACCACCACCAUACCAAAACCUCUACUCUUAAACCCGCCGUUGCUACCGCCGCUGCCGCCGCCAUCCCACUAUAAACACCAUGCACAAGACAUACUCAGCCUCAUCCCUCGGCCCGGGCGGCCUCGACCUAUCGCAGGCCUUCUUCAGGCCCAUCCACAACACUGCCCCGCCAUCCCCGACCAACCGCCACACCAAGAUCACCGUCGUUGGGGCUGGCAAUGUCGGCAUGGCCAUCGCGCAGACUGUCCUCACCCAGGACCUUGUUGAUGAGAUCGCCCUUGUCGAUGCCAUGCCUGACAAGCUCCGAGGCGAGAUGCUUGACCUCCAGCAUGCCGCCGCCUUCCUCCCCCGCACCACCAUCCUCGCCUCCUCCUCUGACUACACUGUCACCUCCGGGUCGGACCUCAUUGUUGUCACUGCCGGCGCCCGGCAGAUUCCUGGCGAGUCGAGGCUGAACCUACUGCAGAGGAACGUGACCCUCUUCAGGAGCAUCAUUCCGGAGGUUGCCAAGCACUCUCCCGACGCCAUCCUCAUGGUCGUCUCGAACCCAGUCGACAUAUUGACGUACGUGGCGUGGAAGUUGUCCGGGUUCCCGUCGAACCGGGUCAUUGGGUCGGGCACGAACUUGGACUCGUCCAGGUUUCGGUUCUUGCUCGCGGAUCAUCUUCAAGUCAACGCUCAGGACGUGCAGGCCUACGUGGUCGGAGAGCACGGCGACAGCUCGGUCGCGCUGUGGUCGAGCAUAAGUGUCGGGGGAGUCCCGAUCCUGAGCUUCCUGGAGCGGCAACAGAUCCCGUACGAGGAGGAGAUGCUGGAGAACAUCCGCAAGGCCGUGGUCGACGGCGCCUAUGAAGUCAUAAGCCUCAAAGGCUACACGUCCUGGGCGAUCGGCUACUCCGUAGCCAACCUGGCCCGGACCAUCCUCCGUGACCAGCGCAGGAUCCACCCUGUCUCGGUCCUCGCGAAGGGGUUCUACGGCAUCGACGGCGGGGACGUGUUCCUGAGCCUGCCGGCGCAGCUCAGCCGCGGCGGCGUCGUGGGCGUGACCAAUGUGCACAUGACGGAUGUGGAGGUACAGAGGCUGAAAGCCUCCGGUGAGACCCUACUGGAGCUUCAAGGUCAACUGGGUAUUUGAAGGACGAAUCGACCACAUAGUUUAACAACUAUAACACAUGCUGCUUUGUUUGUUUGUUUGUUUGUUUGUUUUUUCCUGAUUAAUGUUCCUCUUUUUAGUUUCCUCACAUCUAUAUGUCCUUAUAUGAGAUCGAUUACCAUACGUAAUGGAAGCCUCGAUUUUUAUUGUUUUGUAUUUUCUUGGAGAAUGUAUAAUAACAGACAAAAUCUGUGCAUUUUUAUGCACUGGAUAUGUGACUAAGAUCUUGCAUGUUUUUUUCCUGAUUAUUGUUCCUCUGUUUAGUUUCCUCACAUCUAUUUGUCCUCAUAUGAGAUUACCAUACGUAAUGGAAGCCUCGAUUUUUAUUGUUUUGUAUUUUCUUGGAGAAUGUAUAAUAACAGACAAAAUCUGUGCAUUUUUAUGUACUGGAUAUGUGUCUAA